AUGGAUGAUCAUCCUGGCAUAACUGCAAACGCAACACAGGCAAGCGACGGGAGGGGUCCGUUGAACGUCGCUGAUGGUGAGGACGCUCCGGAUAGGGAAAACAUCCACACAUGCAAAUCUUGUGGGGAAUGUCAAAGUGGGAGCCCAAAACAAAAGUACAAAAAGAGGAAAAAAAAAAAAAGAAAAGAACAUUUCAAAAGGACCAAUAACUUAGCAGCGUUCGAUUAUAGGAAAUAUUACGAACGGGUUAAUAAAUGGAAUGAAAAAAGACGGGCAUACACAAAGACGGAGAAUUAUGGGGGGGAAAAAAAAAAGGCAACCAGCAAAGUGUGGAAGACGAAGGGGAGCGAAAGGGAAGGGAAAAAAAGCGCAAAAAGGAAGUACGCAGUUUCGCAGUGCCUGUCAAUCCAUCAGCGGAAAGAUAACAGAACUGGGGGGGGUGACCCGCUCUCCAGCUGGGCCAAAGCGGGACGAAGCAGAGUCGGCAGAGUUGGCAGCGUCGGCAGCGUCAGCAGCUGCGGUAGUGGCAGCUGUGGGGGGAGGAGCAACCAGGCGGGUAGAGAGAAAAAAACUGGCCCCCCACGUGGGAGCAACGCCAAUCACGAAGUGGGCCAAGUUGAUAAAGACGCUGGAAGGAACAAAAAAGAGGAGGCCCAGAGGAACGAAAGCGCACAUGAAAAAAAUAAUCAUGACAAAUCUACGCGUGAGAGUCAUACGCGUGACCCCCUAACGGUGGAGGACGGGGAGCAUCCCUUCUCCCCCUUCAUAUGUCCCAGUGAACGCAAAAGGCAUAAGCAGAGCCAAGUGGAAAAAACGAGUGACAUGCAUAACAACGCAACGUCUAGCGAAACGAUAGUGGAGAAUGAGGAGAAGAUGGCCUACUCGAAUAAGACCAUAGCGGACAGCUUCGACGAUGUGGUCAGCUUAAGUCUGCGCGCUUCCAACGGGGCAAACUUCGAUGACUCCCAGUUCGGGGGCGAUAAUUUCGGGGGAGCCCACGCCAACUGCAACCAUCACAAUGGGGGUUACCACAACGGGGAUUACCACAACCUCCUCCGCAACCCUACCAUCCUCAUGAAACCGAACGAGCCCAACAGCCACAAGUGCGGCCCCCCCUUGGAAAAACCGAACGGACACAUGAUCCGUAGACAGACAGAAAAGGACGUGGUGAUAGAAGGGACAAAGCGAGCGAAAAAAGAAACUCCAAAAACGAGCAUAUACAACGAAAGGAUUCAAUUUGAGGAAAGUGAUCCCCGCGGGAACUCUCAUGAGGAGGAUGUACUGAGCUCCACUCUGAAAAUGCAUGACCCAGUUUGCGCCCAUAAUGGAGGGAACAACUCCGGCCAUUCGAGCGGCUGCCCAAACGGCCUCGCGAGUUAUUACCAGGAGAACGGCGCCCCUUAUGAAGGCAUCUACAAUGGUAUCUACGGAGGCAGCUACGUACGAAGCUACGCACGCAGCUGUGACCAACUGCGCAGCCGCUUCCCACAUGGCCACUACAAGUGGCCCCCCCUGAGCAUCAAAAACCCCUUCGCCUUCAUCUAUAAAAGUGCCAAAUUUUUCGGCCACCUUCAAGAGGCGUGCAAAAAAAGGACAACCAGAGAAGCACAGCCACACACGACCACCACAAUAAACGUAUAUGCAAAGAGGAAAAAAGUAUACACAAAGGAGGAACACAUAGAAGAGGAAGCCAUAAGCAAAUUGGCCGUCUCCAAGGAAAACCUCCUCUUCAAUUUUGAAAUGAAUAAUUUUAACUCCUCGGAAAAUUCCUCACGACAAAUUUGGGAAGGCUCUACAAAGAAAGUCGAAGUCGCUCUUCAAAGGCACAACUGGAGGGGCAACAAAAUCAGCAGCGACUUCACCAAGCAGUUCGGGGUAACGCCCCCCCAAGAGAGGCUCCUGGAAAGGGUAAGCGGCGGGGAAGAAUUGCGCAGAUGCGACUCAGAUGAGGAGGAAAUACGGGAGGAGAAAAUAAUGGAGGAUAAAACAAUGGAGGAGGAAAUACCGGAGGUGAAAAUAACGCCCAUUAGGAGUAUGGUCGAAAGGGCGCCUGAGGCUGACGAACGGGGAGAUCCCCCGAGGGGACACACAACUAACAAAGCGGAAAGGGAAGAAAAACACAUGAACAAACACAAGCGACUAAUCGACGUAGGGAAAAAAGACACGGACAGAAACUUCGAUAUUUUUUUAUCCCUCUUCAUGAAGCACGAAAAGAAAGAAGCUUUCCUGUUUUGCCUAAUAUGCGACGAAGAGCUGACGGAAAAUUCUAUUUUUUUUCAAAACUGCAUCAAGCCAAUGUUAGACGAAUAUAGAAGAUCCAAAUUUGAGAAAAUGAAGAAAGAAAAGAAUACCCCCCCCGAUGCAUCCCCCAGCGAUAUACAUGUAAACAAAAUAAUCCUAGAAAUUAUGAUCCCCUCUAUAAAGAAAAAGUACCUCAAAUAUGUGAGUGGACUCUACGAAAAAAAGGAACCCACACCUAAUAACGACAUUAACGGCUCAGAUGAGCUACAAAAGGAGGUACUCGAAAUUAACCGGAAAAUGGAAAACCUGAACAUCAAAUCGUUAGAUAAGCAUAGCACCGAAGUGUACAUAAAAGAAGCUAGCCGUUAUGAAAAAAAAAUAAAAUUAAUUGAAAAACCCAAAUGGAGCAAUGAACAAAAUUUAAAAAAACUCCUACUGAAGCAACAAAAUUAUAACCCCUUUACUAUAUUUGGGACCAGCAUUAAGGAGGUACACCUGGAGGAAGUCUUCACCCUCGACGUAUACAAUAACUACGUAACCAAUGAAGACAGAUUUAGAAAUAAAAUUCUGUACGAUUUGUACGUAGGAAAGUACAUACAAAAUUUGUACUACAAAAUUGACUACCAGGAAUGGACCUUUGUUCUUGACUCUCUGAAAAAGCAGUGGAAAUAUUUUACCAACAUGGAAUGUAAUAUGUUCCUAGAUCCGUUACUGUUGGAAGAAAUUUUAUGGUACAUUGAUGAGAACAAAAUGUAUAAGGACAAAAGUGAAGAUAUGUACACGUAUGAAUACUGCUUCUGUCCCACUCCCGAUCCUGCCAAGGAGAUGAAUCUGAAUGACGUAAAACACUUCGCCACAUCAAUGGCGGAAAGGUACACGUUUCACCAGGCUGUAAAGUAUAAAAAGUGGUCCCUAAAUGAGGAGCGUUUCUCCACGGAUCAGGCGCUUGUUUUAAAAUAUGACGAUGUUAGCGUGGACCAAGACGUAUUAACUUCUGCAGGAAGAAGGAAAGAAAAACUGACGAAGGAGGCCCUCCUUUUUAAUGUACCCAGACCGUCCAGCACAUUCUACUACGACUCGGACUUCUUUGAAAAUAAAAUAAAAAAACACAUGUUCAGGAAGAAGGUGAAACACUGCAAGGGUAACGUGCACGUGAAUUCUCCAUCCGGGAAAGAGGGGGAACCCUUUACAAUAAAAUAUAAGUCCAAAAAAUGGACCUCUCAAAAAUUUUUCGACAACUUUUUUUCUAAUUAUUACCUGUACAAUUUUGACAGAAUGGACAGCUUGCCGGAGUACAUACCUAGUUUAAUGCCUGAACGUUCAGGCCGCGACACAAACUUUAUACACUUUUCCGAGCCGUACCACAAAAUCGCGAAGCAGGAACGGCUUGAGGAUCCCGAGUUGAAGAGAGUCCUCGCACAGAAUAUAUACGACAACGUGAAAAACAACAUCGCCUAUUUGGAAGAGACUCAGUAUAACCCGUGCGAGUGCAACCACUGCCGAAGUGACAUAGCAGAUGCCCCACUGGAAGAUACAGAACUACGCAUAAACGUCUCAACCGCUAAACUAGGUUACAAAAGGGAAAGUGAAAAGGCAUGCGUGGAAGACAGAGAAAUUACCCAGAACAACGUACAGCUUAUUAGCGAAGUGGAGGGCGAAACUUCUCUCCAUCCAAAAACGUACAAUAUAUUGAAGAACCACAAGGAUAAUUUAGAAAUUCAUCAGAGCAUUCCCCCUCUGAAGUGUGAAAGCUUGGCUGAGUUUACCCCCCGUAGAAGCCCCCACCAGAAAAGUCAACGUCUACCCAAAGAAGAGGACAAAAUGAACAACCACAGAUAUGGAGAGUAUUCCCCUAUGAACGGCUUUGGUUACAACCACCACAACUCUAUGAAUGCAAAUGGGUUCUGCACAAACACGGAUAAUAGAGAGAUGGCAAAUUUAACCAUGCAGCAACAUAAUAUGCAUGGAAGGAACAACCUCAUGUUCGAAGAUGGCAACAUUCCAUAUGGUCUCUAUGGACAGGCGAACUACACAGGAACAAAUUCUCUCAUGUGUGGAGGAACUCCCCCCGCGUAUGACCCCAAAAUGAUGUAUAGAAGGAACCACGAAACGAACGAGCCGUUUUAUAAUCACUACCCGGUGGCUAGUGGUAUGGGUUACAACGUGCCCGUCUUGCCCCCACAGCCAUACUACCCAAGUAUGAAGCGGAACUUAACGAAAGAGGGAUACACGCACGGGUAUCAUUACAUGAACAACGCGAGUAGCCAUGGUGCACUGCCCAAAUAUCCUUCAGACAGCGUCACGGAUAAGUAUCCCAAAAAAGAAUCGUGCAGGAAAAACGUGUCCAAGGUGAAAAAGGGCGACAUAGACAUCAACAUAGAAACGUCUUCCUCCGGUCGAAAGGGGGUCAUAAUAGAUUUGAACAUCGGCGUGGGGGGUUAG